AUGGAAAAUCCGGAGCUAGCAGAUCUACGUCAUUUGGAAGUUCAUGGGAGUCGAAAUGUGUCGGAUGGCCUGAAUAUUGAUUUCAAUAAGCCACCUGAUGAGCCUCGACAGCUAGAGCCGGAUGAUCUUGAGAGAUUAAAGGCUAUCAUCCGGAGAGCUGGGUUUAUAGAAGGGAAUGAGCCACAAGCGGUGCUGCAUAUGCUUCUCCAACCUCGUACGAGAGACCUAUUGAACCCCUCUCACUUAUGCCAUAUGGCCUUCAAACAGGCCCUUGCAGCGCUACUUAUUGCUAUUUCACCCAAGCUAGAGACCCUUGCUAUAUUCCAUAUUGGGGAACCUAGUUCCAAGACCAAGGAUUUUGCUCUCCUGACAAUGCUUCGUCGUGCAAACAGGACCCCUUAUCCAAUUCCCUAUCUACAGAACCUUAAUCGGAUAAUUUUCCCUCCAGAUGAGUGUUCAUCAGGCAAUGAUGGCUUUUAUUACAACAUCGCUGAAGAUUAUUAUCAUCGACUGAACCUUGUUCGACGACUCCCAGCGCUCAUGUCCGUGUCUUUCAGUUUAGUUUCGUGGAAUAAUGAAGCUGGCCUGCCUCCUCCGCCAAAGUCGGCAAAUUACAGCGAUAUCAGUUUCACGCACUCAAACUUGGCAGGAAAUGAGUCUGAUAUGUGCCACAUACUUGAUUCUUCUAAGGCUCUGCACAAGUCCACAUAUACCAUUGGUGGGCGUGCUUAUCCAGAGGGAGGUAAAGUAAGUGUGAGUCUUACAUCUAUUAUAAGAUGUCUUUGGAGACACCGUCAUCAUCUUGAGGAACUUGAUUUAGAUGUUGAAGAUAAUGUCUCUUGGGGCGAGAUAUAUGGUAAUGAGAGCUUCAAGUUAGAAUCUACUGAGGGCAUUGACAGAGACGAAGAUAUAGAGUAUGAAGAGCUAAGAAGUCUGAGUCUUGGUGUCCACACACUUUGUUUUCUGGCAAGGGGAAUAGGUCCAUACUCGGAUCGACUUGAUGCUAAGGCGUUCUCUCUAGUGCAUACCUUACCAGCCUCACUGAGAAACCUACGACUUUAUGGGAAAGGAGAAAAACUUGGUGAUCCAACAUUGAACCUGAAAGACCACUGGCAUGAGCCUAACUUGGAUGUUGAUGCUCUUUUGGAAAAUCUGGUGGCUGAAAAGGAUACAAGAUUGCCACUGCUGAGAAUUGAGGGCUUUGAUCCUGUCAUUCCACGAGCAAAAGAAGUCCCGGAAUAUGCGGAUGAGGAUCAUCCACUUCUUUGGAAGUAG